ACGAAUUUUCUGGUUGCAGCAAAAACCCUAAUUUCCUCAGUCUUAGUAGAGGGCUUCAGUUGAAAAAAGCGUUUCGUUUUCUCAUCCAUCGGAUUGAUCUUGUGAUCCCACCAAAAAAGGAGUUAUUUUUAAUGGCCGGAAAAGCAGCGCAAUCUUUGGGGAAGGCAGUGGGGGAAUACCAAUACCCAUGGCGUGAAAAAUUGGCCAAAUACAAAGUAGAGUUAUCAAAGGGAGUGUGGGGGUAUUGGGAACUCGGAGCCUGGAAGCCUCUGGGCAUCAGCGCUCGCCGUCGAGCCAGGCUCCGCAAGGAAGUGCUUUUAGCAGGGCAAGAUUGGCCGUACGAUCCAGAGAGGAAAGAAAUGAGAACUAAGAUGAAAGGUCACAAGUGUGACAGAGUUGCCGCUGAGAAAAGGGAGAAUACUGCUAAUUUGAUGCAGAAAAUGCCUGAGAUGUUGCUUGCUUAUAAGAAACGUAGGUGGGAGAAGAAAAUGAAGGAAGAGGAGAAAUUGAAAGAAAAAUAAAUCUCAAAAUAUUUACAUAUUUUCUUCCUUUGUUUUUUCUUUUUGGGUCAAAAUAAGAAAAGAUUUUGGGUUUGGAAUUUGCAAAUGCCAAAUCUUGUACCGAUGAACUCAAUGUUGGGAAUCUGCUUAGAUUAUGUAUUGUCUGAAUUUUUAUACAGAUCUUUUUAGCCUGUUUGUCUUGGUAGUUAUUCAUUUCAUACAACGCACUGUACUUCUUUUCCCAGAAGAAUGCAUCGACAACCAACAAGUUCAAAGCUCUUUGUGCAAAGCUAUGUCCAAAGAUAUUGAUGAACUUGAUGACAUAUAUCCCAAUCCUUUGUAAAUCAUUAUUGAAUCCUAAUUUGGAACAAAAUUCUAAUCCCAAGUAGUAGAAAACAGGAACGAGCAAAAGAGAUAGUCGUAGGUUCCACCGAGAUUUGAACUCGGGUUACUGGAUUCAGAGUCCAAUGUCCUAACCGCUAGACCAUGGAACCUGUUGGCUACUAAAAUUUUAUCAUUAUAUUAAAUGGCCAACAAAAUCU